CCAGCGGAUGGUUCCGACUGUCCAGGUGAGGCGCGUGCCUGAGCUUUACGAGACAAAGACAAGCAAAGGAGAAGCGGCGACUGUCGAGCGCAGACGGGAAUUACCAGGUAGAAAGGAGCCUCUUUCCCAGUUGACAUGGUGAUGCAGUGAAGUGUCUAAUAGCCUCCAUGUGAGAAGGGAAUCUUUAGAAGAGAAGAGAAGACACUUGGUAGUAUAGUGAGAAGCGUUUCCCACAGAGCAUGGCCUCUGCCAAAGAGGACAGCAUGGAUCAACGAGUGGCCCGCAUUAAAGAAGAGGACUGUGAGUGGGAUGCACCCGAGGAUUUGUGCGUGAAGCUGGAAGAGUGUGAAGGAAGAAUUUCCGGUGUUAAAGAGGAGGAGUCCAAGGGGGAGAUCGUCCGGGUUAAAGUGGAGGAUUCAAACGAGUUCUCGGCGAGUCCUGAACUGCAAACGUAUGACGCUGAGCAUAUUUUCAAACUGGAGUCUCAUUACAGUUCAGGGCCCCAGCUCACUAAUAAGGCAGAACCUGUGGAAGUGAAAUCUGAGCUCUCGGAGUUUGAGGAGAAAGUGACUGAAGGAAACGGGAGAGAAGAAGAGCAGCAGCCAUCUAGGAGUGUUGGAAAAAAUUUUCAAGAUUGUGGCUACUUAUCCCCAACAACAGUUGCUCAGAAUUUUCCACAGCACAGAUUUGGAAAGAAGCUCUAUGAUAAAAAUACAACAGAAUUGAUGUUUGGGUCAAAUGGUAUAAUACCAGCCUCUUUCCAAAAUAUCUUCCCAACAGACAGUAGUACACAAUCAAGACCAGAAAUCAUCAACACUCACCAGCAGAUGGAAAUGCCUGCUCCAGUGCUUUUAGAUAUCUCCCAGGAGAGUGGAGAAAAACCUAACUCUAAUAUUGAAGAUUUCCAGAGUGUACAUGAAGAAAAGAAGCCACAUUGCUGUCCUGAAUGCAACAAACAAUUCUUUGACGAGUGUGAUUUUGAAAAACACAUUAAAAUUCACAAUGGAGAGAAACCUCAUUGCUGUUCAGAAUGUGGCAAACGAUUUUCACAAAUUAGCCAUCUUCACAGUCACAAACGAACUCACACUGGAGAGAAGCCAUUUUGUUGUUCUCAAUGUGGCAAACGGUUCUCGCAAAUAAGUAAUCUUAAAAGACAUACAAGUGUGCACACUGGAGAGAAGCCAUAUACUUGUUCUGAAUGUGGUAAAUGCUUCUCGCACAUAAGCCAUCUUAAUACACACAAAAAAAUUCACUCUGAAGAAAAGCCACAUUCAUGUUCUGAAUGUGGCAAACAAUUUGCUCAGUUUGCCUACCUUCAGAAACACAAACGCAUUCACACUGUGGAAAAGCCAUAUUGCUGUUCUAAAUGUGACAAACGGUUUUCUCAACUGGGUGAUCUUCAGAAACAUCAAAGGAUACACACUGGUGAGAAGCCAUUCAGCUGUUUAGAAUGUGGUAAACGAUUUUCACAGAUUAGCAAUCUUCAGAGUCACAAACGAAUUCACACUGGUGAGAAGCCAUAUUGCUGUUCGGAAUGUGGCAAAUGUUUCUCAUGGCUGAAAGAUCUUCAAAAUCACAGACGAAUUCACACUGGAGAAAAACCAUAUUCCUGUUCUGAAUGUGGGAAAAGAUUCUCUCAAAUAAGCACUGUUAAACUUCAUGCACACAUUCAUGCUGGAAAUAAGCCUCAUUGCUGCUCUGAAUGUGGCAAACGAUUUUCUCUAAUGUCCAAACUUCAUAGUCACUUAAAAAUCCAUACUGGAGAUAAACCACACUGCUGUUCUGAAUGUGGAAAACGGUUCUCUCACUUAUGUCACCUUAAGAGACACUUGAGAAUUCACACUGGAGAAAAGCCUCAUUGCUGUUCUGAAUGUGACAAACGGUUUUCUCAACUUGGUGAUCUUCAAAAACAUCAAAGAAUACACACUGGUGAGAAGCCAUACAGCUGUUUAGAAUGUGGCAAACAAUUUUCACAAAUAAGUCAUCUUCAGAGUCACAAACGAAUUCACACAGGAGAGAAGCCAUUUUGUUGUUCUGAAUGUGGAAAACGAUUCUCACAAAUAAGAUAUCUUAAAAAACACUCAACUAUUCACGCAGGAGAAAAGCCUCAUUGUUGUUCUGAAUGUGGGAAGCGAUUCUCAGAAAUAAGUCAUCUUCAUAGUCAUGCACAUACUCACUCUGGAUAAAAGCUGUUUUUAUGUGCUGAAUGUGGUAACUGCUUCUCACAAACAAACCAUCUUAAGACACACAAAAAGUUAUUUCAGAAAACCCACGUUUGUCUUCUGAAUGUGCCGAUCAGUUUGCCUAUCUUCAAAAGCACAAGUGAAUUUACACAGGGUAAGAGCCAUAUUAUUGUGCAGAAUGCAGCAAAACAAUUUCAUACAUUAGCCAACUUAGGCACAUAGUGUUCAUACAGGUGAGAAGCCAUAUUACUGUUCUGAAUGUGGAAAAAGAUUUUCACCAAUUGGAAACUUUAAUACAUAUAAGAUAAUUCAGACUGGGCAUAAACCUCAUUGUUGUUCACAGUAUGGUAAACGAUUCUCAUUUUUCAGUGAUCUUCAAAAACACUCAAGAAUUCAGACUGAAGAAAAGCUAUUCUGCUGUUCUAAAUGUGGCAAACUAUUCUCUUCCAUAAGUCUCAUUCAGGCACAUAUGAAAAAUCUCUGAAAGUGUCAAAUAGUUUUCUUGACUUUCUGUUCUUCAGGAACAUUCAAGGAUGCCCACUGGUGAGAAGUCAUACAACUGUUUUGAAUGUGUGAAAUGGUUAUCACAAAUAGCAAUCUGAAUUUGCAUUCAUGUGUUUACACUGGAAAAAAGCUUCAGUGCCUUUCUGAAUGUGGCAAAAGAUUCUCAAAAUGAAGCUAUCUACACAACCAUACAAGAAUUCACACUAGAGCGUUACUGUUCAGAAUGUGGUAAAUGAUUCUUAUGCUUAAGCUAUCUUAAGAUGAAUACCAGAAUUCACAAGGGACAGAAGCCACAUUACUGUUCUGUAGGGGGUAAAUGGUUUGCACAGCUUGGAGAUCCUCAAAACUACAAAAGGACUCACACAGGAUAAAGACCAUAUUGCUGUUUGGAGUGUGGCAAACUAUUCCCACGUAGAAGCUAACUGAAAGCACAUUCAACUGGUCACACGGGUGAGAAACCGUACUCUUGUUCUGAAUGCAGUAAAAAAGAAAUUCUCACAAAUUGGAAAUCUGAAGACACACAAGAAAAUCCACGCUGUAGAAACAAGUGCAUCGCAGUCUGUCAAAUCCUAUUGGCAAGAAGCCUGUGCGCAGUCGGACCCAGCAGAAUAGCUUAAUAUGUCUUGAAAAUAUUAAAAACCAUAAAGUCUGCAGCUUCCUAUAAAAUAUCGGAUUAACCAGACAGUGUAACAAAACAUUGAUGCCCUGACUGUGUGGGAGGAGACAUUGUGUACACACGUACCAAAAUGGUGGAGCACAUCACCAACUUGAGAGCACCGUUGACAAGCAAGGUGGGAUGGAUGCCAAUGUUAGAGCCAGGAUCAGCAAGGCAAGAGCAUCUCUUCUCCUGCUGAAGCUGUGUGUGUGUGUUAGGGAUGUGUCCAUCACCACCAAGAUGAGGCUCAUCAAUUCCAACGCGAAGUUAAGCUGAAACACAUAGGACAACAGCAGCCACCUCUCAAAAGUUCCAUGCGUGUAUUAACGCCUAUCUGAGAAGGAUCAUCCAGAUUUGCUGGCCUGAUGUUGUCAGUCACUAAGAUCUUUGUCAUCCAACAAGACAAGAGCCAGUUACAGUAAAACAUCGAUUAUACGUCACUCGAUUAACCUUCAGUCUACAUUAAUAUUGGGCACCCCAGAGUCUACCUAUUACUACUGCAAGCUCUGCACAUUGGGACAACCUCUCCCUUUCGCUAGCAUGAAAUGUUCUUCCCCAGCAGCACGUGUCCUGCCGCAUUUUGAAAUCACAGUGUCAGUUACAUAACUUCAAUAGCAUUUCCUAGCUUUUCUCUCUUUUUGUUAUAAUGAAACUGCUAUACAUUGUUGUUGUGGCCAAUGAACAUUUGUGUGUGGUGUUG